AUGAUUAAGAUGAUUACACAAGCGGCUGAUAAAGCUCGUUCGGACGUUCAAGCACUUAUAGAUGAAAAUAGAGUAAAACUGAGAGAAAAAUACGACUAUCUUACCAAGCCGCUUCGACAGGCUAUUACGAAUGAGCAAGACAUUGAAAAAUUGAGCACGGCAAUUGAUCGUUUUAAACUAGCUCGACCAGCAAAUAAGUCCUUACCGAUAGUGAUUCAAGUCCAACAUCGAGACAUUGAUUUCAAUCGUAUUUUAGUAAUUGAUCAAAUUGAGCAAGAGCCGGCUUUAUUUGAUAUUCGUCGAACAUUUAAAAAAAUAAAAAUUGUGGAUAUUGGACAUGGGUAUUCGAUGGUUGCUUCGGAUCAAACGGUUCUUUAUUGGGAGCAAUCACAAUUGUGCUUUGUCGAUCAAACUGGAGCAAAUAAAAAGAUGAUUCCCUGGCGACGAGGUUAUAUCGAAGACUUAUGUUCUUGUCCAGCGCUUGAUCAAUUUUUCAUAUGGACUCGAGAAGGCGCAUUCACUAUUGAUAGUUUUCUCUUAACAGAAAUAAAAAUUAAACAGGUUCCAAGGACGAGCCUUAACGCGCAUUCGUGCUGUACAAGUGCUCGAGAUAUCCUUCUUCUAGAAAUUAAUCGCGAAGUCGAGCUGUGGUCGAUCACAGACUGGUUGAUACAACAAAAAUGGGAAACGAUUGUGGGAACAAAAGAGUUUAUUAGAUGCAUCCGACUGAAUCCCGCUGGUAGUUUAGUAGCAAUUAUGGUCGGGAUUCGAUUAACAAAUAAAUAUCGGUUUGAAGUGCGGGAGGUAGCAUCGAUGACAAUAGUUGAAAAAGGACUCGAUUUACAAGAGUUUGACGUUCUCUCAAACAUUAUUGUAGCUCUGCCAAAUAAUGAAUGGUUACUAGCCAUUCAAAGCGACGCCACAACAGCCUUCAUAAUAGUAGAUAAACAUUGUCAAAUCAGACAUCAGGUUGAUUAUGAGCAUAAAGUAGCGACUAUGGCUUUAAUGAAUAAUGACCAAGUUUUAGUUAUACGCACAAAGGAACCUAAUCAACUUCGUUUUCAUUAUUUCCAUUGA